ACUCUGCGGGCCGGGAGCGCUUGAGGCCGCGUCUCAGGCGGGUCCGGGGCGGCUGCGUCAUAGAGAGCCCGCGGUAACGUCACACACCGGGCCUCUUGGCAACCUCCGGGGGUUUCAUGUCAGGGCCGGCGCCCCGCGCCGUCUGGAAUUGCAUGCUCUGACUUCCUGCCUUGGUGUUGUUGGAAAGGAUGAUGGAGGCUUCCUUGCCACUUGUGUUGCUCUUGGCUUGUACCGCAGGUGCUAAGCUUCGCUUUGCUUCCUAUUAUGGUGAUCACAUGGUACUCCAGAAGGAACCAUAUCGUGCAAUCAUAUGGGGCUUUGGAGAUCCUGGUUCCAAAGUGAUGCUGACACUCUCCCAGAAUCACAGUGUUGUGACCAAAAUGGCACAGGUUGACGAAAGCUCUGAGACUUGGAAAGUUAUCCUGGAUCCUGUGGCCCAAGGAGGUCCCUAUACUAUAGAGGUACACCAGUACAUCAAGGAAGAAGUGUCCAAUAUGACCUUGGAAGAUAUCUACUUUGGAGAUGUCUGGAUUUGCAGCGGACAGAGUAACAUGGAGAUGACAGUUUCACAGAUAUUCAAUGCUAGCAAGGAGCUUGAAGAAGCAUCCAAGUAUCCCCUUUUGCGGAUAUUUUCCACUGCCCUGAUUCAGUCACAUGUGGAACUGCAAGACCUUGGAGGCAUCAACUUGCAGUGGUCCAUUCCAACAGCCAGAAACCUGGGCCACGGAGACUUCAGUUACUUUUCUGCAGUAUGUUGGCUAUUUGGCCAGUAUUUGUUUGAGAAACUCAAAUAUCCCAUCGGGCUGAUAGAUACCUCCUGGGGAGGGACUCCAAUUGAGGCCUGGUCUUCCAAGCGGGCCCUGCACGAAUGUGGACUGUCAGAGUAUAUUGAAAGAAAUCCUCCCUCAUACCUUGAUGCUGGUCCCAGAGAAGUAUCAGUGCUUUGGAAUGCAAUGGUUCACCCUUUUGUCAACAUGACCAUCCAAGGGGUUAUAUGGUAUCAAGGGGAAGCCAACACCCUUAUGAACACCGAUCUGUACAAUUGCACAUUUCCUGCACUCAUUGAAGAUUGGCGGAAGGCCUUUCACGAAGGAUCUGAUGGGCAAACCAACCGGGACUUUCCCUUCGGCUUUGUCCAGUUAUGUACAGAUCGCCAGGUGGAGUUAAAUGACAAAUUUCCACGUAUUCGAUGGCAUCAAACUGCAGACUAUGGCUAUGUCCCUAAUAAGAGAAUGUCCAAUACUUUCAUGGCUGUUACCAUAGAUCUCGGUGAUGAUGAAUCUCCUUAUGGCAGCAUCCAUCCCCGAGAUAAGCGGACUGUGGCCUACAGGUUGCACCUUGGAGCACUGGCAAUAGCUUAUGGGGAGAAAAGCAUAACCUUCCAAGGUCCCUACCCUCAGAAAGUGCAAGUGAAUGAAACCCAUAGGCUUCUUAAUAUCACCUUUGAAGAACAUAUUCAGUUGCGUCAUAUGGACAGCAAAGCUUUUGAGGUAUGUUGCACUGAUCAGGGAACGUGCAAUUGGAAACCAGCAGCCAUUGUGUCAUUCUCUUCCCACUCGGUAACUCUGCAGAACCCAACCUGUACAGAUGGCAUAGGGGGCUUGCGCUACGCCUGGUCUGAAUGGCCUUGUGAAUACCAACUGUGUCCCAUUUACAAUCUACAGGCAUUGCCUGCCCCUCCCUUCAUUACAUUUUCCCACAGUAACCCUGCAUGGAUUAGGCUGUGAGUGAGUUGAGACCAGAAAGAGGGAUCAACAGCUUAUCCUGCAGACCAGAGUACAGAAAAAAGAAAGUGCAGAGCACCGCUACAGCUUACUUUUCUUAACACAGUAAACUUCUCAGGUUGAUGAUUGCAGAGAAGAAUUUUAAAAUGAGGAACCCAGUCACUUACUUGCCAGAAAGGUCAUAGUAGGGAGGGUGGAUCAGAUGUUGGCGAUUCUUGCUCUUGCUACCUGCCUGAGCUGCCGUAAUAACAGGAGUUACUUUAUAAAUAUGUCACUAGCAAUCAAAUAAACUACUUCUAAAGCAAUCCCUGGUUACCUGGACACACUGGGCACACAACCAAGAGAGCCAGGAUUCUGAUUGACAAGGCAUGGUGGGUGACCAAUAAAAGACUUCUCUGGGAACAUUGACAUUCCAGUGCAUGUUUAAACCCAAGUCCUUCUGAAUUGAGCAAGCCAAGCUCCCAAGUAAAGAUAUGGGUUAGAUGGAUCAGUUGCAAGACGCUGUACUAAUCCAGCCAUUCGCUCUUCUCUUGUCUCCUAUUAGAGGAUUGUUAUAGGGAAACCAGGGAGCAAACACUCUCAAAAUUCUCCCCCCACCCCCCACCCCCACCGCUAUGCAACUGUUACAGGAGUAAGCCUAAUUGAGCCACAGCUUUGUGCUAAAAUGAGUGACCAAAUUAUGGCAUUCCAGAUGUUGCUGGAUUUCAACCCAUGGCAAUCUUAGGAAGCAUGGUGAGUGGGGAGAGAUGUUGGCAGAUGCAUUAUAGCAAUACCUAGAUUGUGUGUGUUGUCUGCCCUGGAGUGAACUAUUGAUAAGUUUAUUGGCUUCUAGAUUAAAAUAGGGGUCUUGGAUUUCAUUUUAUUCCAGAAUUAUAGUAAGUUGUACUACGACUUGUAGCGAAUAAUUCUUACAAGAAAAAAAGAAAACCUUUGAAUAUGACAUGUUAUGUUAAAAGCACAGUAUUACUUUACAAAAAACAAGAACUUAGAAGUAUUAUGUUUUUCCCAGGCAUAAUCCCUGGCUCCUGCCAGAAACUAUGGAUAUUUCCCCCGUACUGGGUUUGGAUCAGCUUGACUUCCUCACUUGCGUAGGGCUGAAUUGUAUGAUUGCUUUAGAGCAGUGUUUUUCAAUCUUGGCAACCUUAAGAUGUGUGGACUUCAACUCACAGCAUUCCCCAGCGAG